CAUCACUGGACACACACCCAUGUACAAUGGGCAAUUCAGACACAGUCACCUGAAUCCAUUUUUUCAUAAUUUGGAAGGAAUGCAUGAGCUCAAAUAAAACACAAAGUGUAAUACGCACUGCGUCCUUACGUCACAAUGCACAGCGUAACACGUAAUACGUGCUUACAGGAUUUUGGAGAAACAGGAAACAUUUGUCUAAAGAACAAACAAGAUUUAUAUAUCAUUUUAGUUAAAUAUAUGAUAUAUAUUUAAACUGUAUUAAAAGGAGACUAUUUCUACAUAAUGUGGACUAGAUGUGGCUCUUCCUGGUUGUGGUUCCUGACAUUCCUGUCUCACCGAGUCCUGGCAGGUGAGCUGGUGGAUGGUUACAUGGGGGGGCACGUCCUCCUGCCCUGUGUCGGUGGUCCCAGCAAUACAACACCGCCAACUGUCCGUUGGCUGUUUGAGGGCAAUAGGAAAGUUUACAGUGUUAUAAAGGGGGCCGACGAUCUACAUAACCAGGAUCCCCAGUUCAAAGGCAGAACAAGUGCUUUUCCUGCAGAGUACAACAAGGGCAAUUUUUCCCUGCUUCUUACUAAUCUUAGCAGCACUGAUGCUGGACAGUAUUCAUGCUACAUAAUCAAGGCAAACAUUCAGCGUGACGUUACCCUGCAAGUCAAAGCUAAACCCACCACUGACAUAAUGACCCCCGGAGACUCAGACAGCACUGAUGACAGGACUCCAAAGACGCCUCUCCUUCUGCUCUCCCUGCUUGGAUCAGUGUUCCCAAACCUUUAUAGAUAGUCCGCACCCCAAAGGGGGUGUCCCCUGUCUUCUGCCCUGUGCCUCCUGAUACAGACUCCAGCCCCCCCACAACCCGGCAUUGGAUCAGGGACUGGAAGGUGGAUGUAAACAUUCAGGAAUAAUCAGAGACCCUUUGCUUUGUCAGUAUAUAUGUGACUUUUUGCUUGGUUGAGCAGAUUGUAAUUGUGUCCCUAUGCUUAGGGAAUAGGACACUGUGCAUCAUCUGUCUCUGUGCUGAUUGACUAAAUGAAUGAUUAACAUGUGAUCAGAUCAUCAUCAUCAUCAUCAUCAUCAUCGGAACCCUUUAUUGCUGAUGCAAUAUACCAUGGCACCAGUCACAAGUACCGGUGAAGAGCAGGCCAUCAACCGACCUUACAUAUACACAGACAUCACAGUAGGGGGAAGACCGGCCGGGAGACAGGGGAAGUGAGAAGAAUAGAAACAAGAUAACAUGGUGGGAGAGGAGGAGAAUAAAAAAACACCCCCCAGAAUGCACUCCAGUAGGGAGUACAUUGUGGGAACCGAAAAAAACACCUCAGCAACAUAAGCACAUGGGCACUACACCUUACAUAAAAAUGACACGACUUGCAACGGGUAGCGGAAAGGGGUUGUGGAGGUGACCCAGCAGAGACAGACAGCCAUCCGGUCCUGCUGCCAUAGAAACGGCGCUGGUCAGACCCGCCUGUUCACGCUGGGGGUAUGAAGCGGCGGAGGCGUGGGAUGGGGUGAGGGUAAGUCCUUGGGAUUGGGGGAGAGGAAUGCAAGAGAGUCUCACUGCCUUGUUCUUCUGGGGGAGUUGUUAGUUCCAGCAGCAGCCUUGGCCAAGGCCAGUGCUGAUAUGGGGGAGCCAAAUACUUGAUAGAAUAAGGUUGUUUGGGUUUCCAUGCGGGGAGCUGAAAUUUCCAGCUCCUCUAAUGUCCACAGAGUGUGGUCUGAGAAUCAGAUUUUCGAUAUGAAAAUACAGUUAUGUUUGAUUUAUUAUGUUUAUGCAUUAAAAAUGACAUAAACAAAUGUGUAUAAAAUUAGAUAAACUUCUUUGAUCCUGGGGGUAAAUUCUUGUGCAUUUAGCAGCAAGGUACAUAGAGCAGUGUUUCUCAGACCAGUCCUCAGGGACCCCAGAGAGUCCAGGUUUUUGCUCCCUCCCAAUUCCCAAGGACUGGUUUGAGAAACACUGACGCAGAGCACAGACAGAACAUGCAUAUAAUGCAACAGAGACAAAGUGCAAUGACAGUAUAUGUAAACGUAGUAGAAACAUUAAAAAGUACACAGUUCACAAAUAGAAUAUGCUGACAAACAGAAUAUCAAGGAAAUAAAGAAGAAGUCAGUUUGCAGA